UGCCAACCUCGGCUUUUUGCUUUUUUCCUCAUUCUCCAAACCUCACGGCUACCUACUUACCUACCUUGCUAUGCGCUUCUGCCUAUAGCCUUCCCUCUUACAUAACCUCGUUGAGUUGAGAGCUUAUCACAACCCCUCUGUACGGCGGAGAGCUCCCUCCCUCCGUCCAUCAUGUCUCGAUGGGCUUUACUUCCGAACAUUCCGUAUCCGCCGCCUAGGUCGGGAUACUGGAGCCCCGUCACCUCGACCUUAAAUUGGUGUGAAGAGGAUUACUAUGUCACGAUUUACUCCGCCGAGAUCGUCAACACUUUGACAAACCUUCUGUUCAUGUGGCUCGGGAUCAGGGGCAUUCGCAGCUGUCGUCGCAACGGACAUGACAGAAUCUUCGAAGUAGCCUACUACGGCUACCUUGUGGUCGGAACCGGCAGCUUCCUCUUCCAUGCAACGCUCAAAUACCCCAUGCAGCUGGUCGACGAACUGUCCAUGAUCUACACCACAUGCCUGAUGUGCUAUGCCUCCUUCUCCUACUCAAGAGCGACGCCCUUCCGCGUCGUCCUGGGCUUCUUCCUGGCAGGCUUGGCCAUCUUCAUCACCCUCUACUACCACUACCUCCAAGACCCAGUGUUCCAUCAGAACGCCUACGCCCUCCUGACCACGAUCGUCGUCCUUCGCAGUAUGUACACCAUGGAAGUGACGCUACGCCCGAAGUGGCGCCACUCCACCGAAGCGGACCGCCUCGCGCGCGAGAGACAAGGCCUGCCCGUUACCACCAAGGAGCACCAGCACUACGAGAACGUCCGGGACAUGAAGACUCUCAAGACCAUGUGGUUCAUGGUCGUGUACGGUCUAAGUAUGUUUCUAGGCGGAUUCGCGAUAUGGGGCUUGGACAAUGUCUUCUGCUCGAAGAUCCGCGGAUGGCGCCGGCAAGUGGGUCUGCCUUGGGGCAUCCUUCUCGAGGGUCAUGGAUGGUGGCACUUGAUGACGGGCUUCGGUGCGUAUCUAUAUAUCAUCUGGGGUAUCUGGCUCCGCCAUUGUCUGAAUGACCGCCAGGAGGAGUAUCAUCUGUGGUGGCCUCAUGUUUGGAAUGUCCCUGAGGUCGUUCGCACGAGCAACAAGGGUACGGGUGAGAAUGGCGCAGCGAAGAAGUCGAAUUAGAUCAGACAUGUUCUUUUGUUUUAGAUGUGUUGUUUGGGGUCGAUGUGAACACUAGAUUAGGGGACGCAUUCUGUGGCUCGGU